AUGAAAAAUAAAAUAAAGUUUUUCUUUUCACAAUUGAAAUUCAACCCAAACAAGAACUAUUAUCAAAUUUUAAAUUUAACAAAUAAAUCUACUUAAGAAGAAAUUAAAACAGCUUAUUAUACAUUAGCAAAACUAUAUCAUCCAGAUAAAAAUCCUGAUUAAAUUGAUAAAUUUAAAGCAAUAAAUGAAGCAUAUGAAGUUUUAAAAAACCCUACAACCAAAAGUGAGUAUGAUGAAUCAUAAGUUAAUCCUCAAUAAUAUUAGAAAAAACAAUAUGAUCGAUAAUAUCAUUAACAUUCAAGUAUUAAUUAUUACUAAAGAAGCAUAUAGUUAUUAAUAGAAUGUAAAUCAUGAAUAAUUUAGAAGAAUGUAUGAGGAAUACAAAAGAUAGUAAUCUCAUUAUGAAUAUUAAUAUCAUUCUAAAACAUCAUAUGCAAAAGAUGAUCCAUUUAAAUAAUAUAAGAAAUAUACAUAAGAAGAAUAAUUUGUAAUUAUCCACAAUUAAAUUUAUUUUAGGAACUUUAUUCAAGUAGAGCUGCUGCUAUGAGAUAUUUAAUUAUUUUUAUGAUGGGGAUGGCUGGAUAUGUAUUUUUUGAGUUGUUUGGUUUAUUAAUGGAAAACAGAUAAAUUGUUGUUGUGGAUUAAAACACUGGUUAAUAAUAUGUAACUACAAAAGAAGAAUUUAGAAGAAUAUAAUAAAAAACAAGAGAAUAAAUGGAUUAUGAAAGGAGAAGAGCAAUCCUAAAAUAAAUAUAAGAUGAGGAAUUAAGAAUGUUAAGACAAAAUUAAUAAUAAACUGAAUUUUAAAAAUGA